CGUCAAAUCUGUCAAACACCAGUGCGAAUUCCCUUGCUUCCAAAAUUUAUUAAAUCAAGAAGCGAUGAUGACCGAGGGAUUCUUAUACCGCAUUUGAACAUCAAUGGAAUCCAAAAUAAACUUGAGGAGGUGAAACAGCUUGUGAAAGAAUUCAAAGCACAGGUUUUCUUUCUUACAGAAACAAAAACUGACGCAACUUACCCUACUGCUCUGUUCAAAAUCAGUGGCUAUGACAUCUACCGCAAUGACCGAACCAAGGGUGGUGGUGGUAUUAUGGCAUUUGUAUCCUCGAUAACACCAUUCAAGAAAUUAGCAGUUCACCGAAAAUUUUCGACUAUUGGACCUUUAAUUGUUGAAGUCAAUUUUGAGAAACAUGAUGUAGUGGUAGUGGGAAUCUACAGACCCUCAAAAUCUACCGAUGAGCAAUAUUACCUCAGGUUAGAGGAAGAACUAAACAACAUCUGCACCUUUGCCUCACUUCAAAAACAAUUUAUUAUAGUCCUUGGGGAUCUUAAUCUAGAUCGACUGAGACCUGAACGAAGAGAGGGCAGGAUAUUGUUGGAUUUGGAAGAUAUACAUGGUUAUUCUUGCCUCAUUAAUAAACCCACUAGAAUAACAGACCACAGCCAAACCCUUUUGGAUAUCGUUCUCACUAACAAGCUAUAUCUGUUUCAAGGGUGUGAUGUCUUUAACCCAGAGCUGAGCGACCAUGCACCGGCAAUGAAGAAGAACUGAAAUACGAUCUGCAUAUGGCACCAUGGCAUGUUGGAGAUAUUUUUGAUCCGAUCGAGGACAAGUAUAGCAUCUGGGACAGUCUACUGAAUUAUGUCUUGCAUGGACGUACAUGCGCCGUUUAAGAAGCUAAGGGUACGAGCAUGAUAAAUUACUCGGGCAAUUUCAGCAACUUCCGAAAACACGCUUGAGAUUAAUCCUUAAUUUUACGCGGCCCCAUGCGAUUACCUAUACUUAUUGGGUGCUUGAUCAAUUUUUAGAGAAGAUUAAGAACGAGUGGAUCAAACUCCAGUGACGCACAAGGUGUAUUCUUCAAACCCACAGCGUACAGAGUUACAACAAUUCCUCUACUCUGAUACAACUGUGAGUUAGUAACAAGGUUAAUUGAUUGUCAGCCCCCCCCUAUGUACACGCUUAACGCACGUUGUGUCUCUAAAAUAAAAAUAAAAAGCAUUCACAAGCACGUGAAAAAGUUUCAUUCUUGACGAUUUAUUUGAUUGAUUACUUUACUCCUAGCUUCCAACGAAACCGUUAGCAUCGCAAUUUGUACGUAAUUGUUAUUCGUGGUUGUGACGUACAUUAGUCAAUUAAAAAAAAGGAACACAAGUAGAUACAUCGAUUAUCUAUGAAAAUGCUUUGUUGUCUAAACUCUUACUAGUAAAAUCUCCUGCUCAAACGCUUUUUUCUUGGUUGAGAAAACCAAUGAUUAAUUACAUUCCUGGCCUGCUCACUAUGUGUGCCUGGGAUAUGUUUUCGAGAAUGCGUCUUUUCUUUCAAGGAUUUACUGUGUCCCCAUGCCACAAAAAAGCUGACAGUAGACUUUGACUCGAUCCAUUCAUUCAUCACUUAAUUCUUCGCGUUGAAC